AUGUCGGUUUUUCCCGUAGUUUUGUUUCGUCUCUUGCACAUGCUGUUUUUAACGAAAAUAUACCUCUGUAUGGAAACUGAUUUUUGUGAACCUGUUCGAAUUGACCGUGAAAAUUUCCCAAGUCAUGACAAACUGAACAAAGACCUUGUUGUUUACAGAAUAAACGCUUUUAAUCAGGAAUUGUAUCUUAAUCUUCUGCCUGAUUCGAGUUUUCUGGCUCCUGGUGGCACGUUUCAGUAUGACACAAUAUCUUCAAGUGCUUUUUUAGGAGGUGAUUUUAGAAGAUGCUUUUACUCCGGUGAUAUUAAUGCAGACAGGAAUUCAUAUGCAGCUCUCAGUCUCUGUGAAGGUGUCCGAGGAGCGUUUUCUUACAACGGGAUGGAGUACCUCAUAGAGCGCAGGUCGACCAACACAGCACCAGGAAUGAUCUCAGAUGAUGCUGAAAAAACGCACAUCAUCCGCAGGAGAAGACAUCUUCACGCACCGAACUCAACAUCUAGGUGCGGAGUUACAUCCAGUUUAAACCAGGACGUUGUGGAGUCGCUGGAAAAGUAUAAACAUGUUAAGGGACACACGAGGAACUUAACAGAAACUUUGUUGAAAAGCAUGAGCAGAUCGAAAAGAUUCGCCUCUAUACCGAGGUACGUAGAGGUCCUGGUUGUUGCUGAUGAGUCCAUGGCAAAAUUCCACGGCGACGACCUGAAGCAUUACCUUUUGACUCUCAUGUCUGUCACCGCAAAGCUGUACAAACACCCCAGUAUCUUGAACGCCAUCAGUAUAGUGGUUGUAAAGCUUAUGGUGAUUAAUGAGGCAGAAAAAGGACCCAAAGUAUCCAGUAACGCGGCACUAACGCUGCGCAAUUUCUGCACCUGGCAGAAGAAGCUGAACAAGAUCAACGACAAACACCCAGAGUACUGGGAUACUGCUAUUUUGUUUACAAAGCAGGACCUGUGUGGGGCCACCACGUGUGACACGCUGGGUAUGGCUGAUGUAGGCACCAUGUGUGAUCCUAAGAGGAGCUGCUCAGUGAUUGAAGAUGAUGGUCUCCCCUCAGCCUUCACCACCGCACAUGAACUAGGGCAUGUGUUCAGUAUGCCACAUGACAAUGUGAAGGCUUGUGAGGAGGUAUUUGGAAAGCUCAAGGACAACCAUAUGAUGUCUCCCACUCUGAUCCAGAUUGACCACAGCACACCCUGGUCUGUCUGCAGCGCUGCCAUCAUCACAGACUUCCUGGACGCUGGCCAUGGUGACUGUCUGCUGGAUCAGCCCCAAAAGCUACUGGCUCUUCCAGCUGACCCUCCAGGUGUCAGCUACUCGCUCAGCCGUCAGUGUGAACUGGCCUUUGGCUCAGGAUCCAAGCCCUGUCCUUACAUGCAGGCCUGCUCCAAACUGUGGUGCACGGGGAAAGCUAAAGGACAGCUGGUUUGUCAGACUCGCCACUUUCCCUGGGCUGAUGGUACGGCCUGUGGCAGCAACAAGCUGUGCUAUCGGGGGAUCUGUACUGAUAAGCAAAAUACCACCAAAAACAAGGUAGAUGGCCAUUGGGGUCGGUGGGGUCCAUACGGCCCAUGUUCCCGUACUUGUGGGGGAGGGGUGCAGUUUGCCAAAAGGGACUGUAACAACCCCGUCCCUGAAAAUGGGGGCAAGUACUGCCAGGGACUGAGAGUGAAGUAUCGCUCCUGCAACUUAGAGCCCUGUAAAGACUCAGGAAAGAGCUUUCGAGAAGAGCAGUGUGAGGCGUUCAAUGGCAUCAGUCUGAACACUAACAGACUAAGCCCGUCUGUGGUCUGGGUCCCGAAAUACUCUGGAGUCUCUGUUAAGGACAGAUGCAAGCUCGUCUGCCGAGCCAACGGCACCGGAUACUUUUAUGUCCUUGCGCAGAAGGUGGUGGACGGGACCCCUUGUUCUCCUGAUACCUCAGCACUCUGUGUUCAGGGGAAGUGCAUUAAGGCUGGCUGCGAUGGCAAACUGACCUCCAACAUGAAGUUUGACAAAUGUGGUGUGUGUGAUGGAGACAGCCAAAACUGCAAGAAAGUCUCUGGAAUGUUCACAAAACCCAUGAAUGGAUAUAACUUUGUGGUGACUCUACCGGUCGGAGCUGCAAACGUGGACGUAAGGCAGCGUGGUUACCGCGGUUUGGUUAACGAUGACAACUAUUUAGCAGUAAAGAACAUCCACGGCAAAUAUCUCCUGAAUGGAAACUUUGUGGUUUCAGCUGUAGAAAAAGACAUUAUCGUAAAGGGAAGUCUGCUGCGCUACAGUGGAACGGGCACAUCGGUGGAGACGCUGCAGGCCUCCAGACCUCUCAAAGAGUCUCUCACGGUGGAACUGUUGUCGGUGGGUAAAAUGACACCUCCUCGAGUGCGCUACUCCUACUACCUGAAUGUGGGACAUAAAGAGGGCAAGGUCCUAAAGAAGGAGGAGAGGAACCCUACGCAGAACAGUGUGCUGGAGGACAGCAAUAAAGUGGAGCUGAAGAAGCCGGCCUAUCAGAUGCUGUCUUAUAAGUGGGUGGCGGCGGAUUGGAAUAAGUGCUCGGUUACCUGUGGGAACGGGGUUCAAAGUAGACUGAUACAGUGUUUGGAUUCGGAUGGGGAAACAGCUACACAUUGUGAUGGCACACAAAAGCCCAAUGCCAUAAGGGUGUGUGGUGACCCUUGCCCAACUUGGAGCAUUGGCGAAUGGUCCUCAUGCUCUAAAACCUGUGGGAAAGGCUUUAAGAGACGCCCACUACGAUGCAUUACUCAAACUAGGCUGCUUUUACCAAGAGACCACUGCUCAAGCAAAAGAAAGCCACAGGAACUGGACUUUUGCAUUGUUCGGCCCUGCUAGUGAAUGCCAAAGUAAUCGUUUUAUGUGUGCAUCCUCUGUUGCCUCAUUUGUAAUGAGAAUAUUCUCACAAAGGAUGUCUUUUACCAUUGCAAUGUUAAAUGUUAAGGUACAGCUAUCGCCUACCUCGAAAAGGACAGGGUGUUUUAAAGCAACCAAAUAACACAGACCACGUAAAGCUGUAAAAUGUUAUGCUUUGGCAUUAAAACUUUCGCAAAAGCAGACUUUUACAGUAUCACCUCUACAUACAGAAAAAGUGACAAAAUCAGACAGUGUUUGAAAUUUGUAUUCAGACUUUAAAUACAUGUGA